UACUCUUGCAUAGCAUCAAAGAGAGAAGAGAUAAGCAAGUACAACAAAAGUAGUCAAAUAGAUGAAGCUCAAGUUGACUUGCUUAGUGCUUUGAUGAUGAUGAGAGAACAAGAAGAACAAGAAAAGGGUCAAAGUCAAACAUUAUUAGUCAAUGAUGACAAGUUUCUAAGAGACUCAACUUUCAAUAUUUUUGUGGCCGGAAGAGAUACUAUAACUUCAGCUCUUACUUGGUUCUUUUGGCUUGUUGCUACAAACCCAUUAGUUGAAACCAGAAUUCUUGAUGAAAUCAAAGAAAAUUUUGGAUCAAAUAAUGAUGAAAUGAAGCACAAAGUUUUAGGCAUAGAAGAGGUGAAAAAGCUAGUUUAUCUUCAUGGUGCUCUUUGUGAAUCUUUGAGGCUAUUUCCUCCUAUUCCUUUUGAGAGGAAGCAACCAAUCAAAAGUGACAUACUCCCAAGUGGACAUCAUGUGAAUCCAAGUACAAUGAUCUUACUUUCUUUGUUUGCAAUGGGAAGGUUUGAAGAGGUAUGGGGAAAAGAUUGCUUGGAGUUCAAGCCAGAGAGAUGGAUCUCUAAUAAGGGUAGUAUUGUUCAUAUGCCAUCUUACAAGUUCAUUAGUUUUAAUGCGGGUCCUAGAACUUGCUUGGGAAAGGACAUAUCUUUUAUCCAAUUGAAGAUGGUGGCAGCUUCUAUUUUGUGCAAUUAUCAUAUUCAUGUGGUGGAAGGUCAUCAAGCUAUUCCUAGUCUUUCAAUUGUACUUCUAAUGAAGCAUGGUUUGAAAGUUAGGAUAACUAGAAGACAGUGCAAGUAAUUAUUAGAUGAAUAUAAGUUUUAAUUUGUGAUGUUUAAUUUUAAGAGUUGUAAAAGCUGCUAGAUUGUUACUAUAUAAAUGUGUUAAUUAGAUAAUAAUUUCGAAAAUCCUUACAUAUUUAUAGAGUAUCUAUCUAGUUCAUGUUUGGAGAAUAUGUAGGAUAAUUUAUUCUGAAUUUCUAUUUAA